CUUCGCUCUUUCUCGCGAGUCGCAUAUAUUCUCGGCUCUACCGUUCCGACAUCCCUGACUGAAUUAUCAUCAGACCUUGUAUCGACCGAGAAAUGCUAUGCUAAACGUCCUACGAUCCGCCCGCUUCGCAAUGACCACGCUUCCUCGUGUCCCAAUCCCCGCCAACGGGGUCGACUAUCGCGGCAAAGUCGUUCUGGCGCCGAUGGUGCGCUCCGGUGAACUUCCCUGUCGUCUACUAGCUCUCAAGUAUGGCGCCGACCUCGUCUGGGGUCCUGAGACCAUCGACCGCGCUCUGGCAGGCGCCAAGCGCCGCGUGAACCCCCGCAACGGCACCAUCGAAUUCACCCGCACCCCCUCCAACGGCGGCCGCGUCGAGAAGGCCACCAAGGAGUCCGUCAUCUACCGCCUCGACCCUGUCCGCGAGAAGGGCAAACUCAUCUUCCAGAUCGGUACCGCCACUCCUGACCUCGCCGUCGCCGCCGCCAAGCUCGUCGCCCCCGAUGUCGCCGGCAUCGAUGUGAACUCGGGGUGCCCGAAGCCCUUCAGUACCAGCGGUGGAAUGGGUGCAGCCCUCCUCAGAACUCCGGACAAGCUCGUUUCAAUCCUCGAAACGCUGGUGCGCGAGGUCGGUACCCCGUACCAGAUUGGCAUCUCGGUUAAGAUCCGGCUCCUGGACAAGCAGGACCCCGAGCCGACGCGAGCGCUGGUCGAGCGACUUGUCAGGACCGGUAUCACGGGCCUGACCGUCCACUGCCGCACGCCUCCUAUGCGGCCCCGCGAGCGCGCCAUUCGUGAUCAGCUGCGGAUGGUCCGGGACAUCUGCCACGAAGCCGGGGUGGCGUGUCUUGUCAACGGCGACGUUGCCAACAAGGACGACGGCCUGGCUCUGAUGCAGGAAUACGGCGUCGAUGGCGCGAUGAUCGCCACCGCAGCCGAGGCGAACCUGUCCGCCUUCCGCACGGCGGCUGAGGGCGGCCUCCUCCCGUGGAAGGAGAUGGUCCGCGACUACAUGCAGGCCUGUCUCGAGUGCGAGAACCGUUUCGGCAACACCAAGUACCUCCUGAACAUCUUCGUGCCGGGCAAGGCUCCCGAGUCUCACCGCGCCAAAACCGCCCGCACCUACGUCGACACCUGCCUCGCCCUGGGCUUCGAGGACAUGAUUCCCGCGGCGACCCGCGUCGACGAGAUCCUGGGUCUCUCGGCCAAGUCCACCGCAACAACCACAGCCGAGAAGAACGACGACGACCCCGUCAGCAAGGCCGUGCACAACGCCCUCGAGAAGAACGAAUCCGCCCGCGCCGCCGGCGGCGCCUCGCGCUCGAAACCCACCUCCCCCGUCCUCUCCCACAGCGCUGGCGGGCCCGUCCGCACCAACUCCAUCCCUCGCCCGACGAAGUCAGCGCCCAACAACCCGGCAGAGGUUGAUCCGGUCGUCCUUGCUGCUGAAGCUUCUGCUGCUGCUGCUGCACCGAAGGAACUCGCCGCAUAGCGGGCCUCAUCUGUCGUCGAUCCCUGUCCUGCCCUUUCAUUCUCUGUCUAUCAUUCUAUUGAUGCGGUUACGCCUCCUGAUCCCCGUAUAUUACACUGUUGCAGUUUGUUCCGUUCCCUGCGCUCGCAUAACCCGGCGUUGAAGCUCGCUCCUCCUAGCAGGUUGGUGGUUGGUUUGUUGGUUGGUCGGUUGUCUACGCGAACUCAUAGAUUCCCACUUCAUGUUUUUCAUAAUCAAUCAGAGGGGCAUCGUUCCUAUUGCUUAUUUCCUUACCUUAUGCUCUCUAUCAUAGAAAACAAGUAGACAAUCUUCCCUCUCCAUCAUAGGAA